CAAAGACUUCCGCUCAACCAUUAAAAUGAAGCUCAUCACCCUCGCCGCCUUCGUCAUCGGCCUCAUUGCUCCAUCUGUCGCCGCUUUCAACAAACCUUGCGUCGGGAACUGCCCUGACACCUGUCGGCCCAGCGGUCAUGAUGGAGGCUACUGCAACUACCACACCGGCACAUGCGUCUGUACUUAGGCUCGAGAGUCUGGAGACACUUCCCAAUCACCGAGUGUCCUGUUGCUCCGGACACGUUCUCCGAGCUACCCAUCACACAAGAGCUUGAUUUGGUGGACAUCGGGCGGCAGCACUUCGCUCCAUACCUUUCCUUCAGCACCUUUGACGUUAUACGGCACGUUGGCACACUGGAGUCUCGAACCGCGAAUGGGUCAUUCACUCACAACAAGAUCGCCGUCUCCAGGAGAUUCGCACACAUUAUAUCAAGGCCGACAUCCGCUGUACAUUUAUGUCUCAUAAACAAGCUGCACCCC